AUGCAUGGUGACUUCGACCAUCCUAACACACAGAAUCUCGAAAAUACGUCGAAUCGAUGCGCGACGACCAGCACUUCCAACGGAAUGAUUAACCUCAAUUUCGACGAGGAAUGGUUGACCUACGAAAAACUCACGGAAAUCUUUCUGUUUCAAACGAUUUCGAAGGUGAAAUUGACCGAUCCUCAACCCGUUAGAUUGUGCAAGACGAUACAACAACAAGCGAAAUCCGUAGACGUGUUGAGACAUGUUCGCCAGUCUUCGAAAUUAGCGAAGAACAAAGUAGUAGUGGCUCUGAAAAAUGCGAACCAACCGGUUAUUUUCGAUAAAAGAGCGGAUGGGGAUAAGGCUAGGGAAGUUGCGCCAAUACCAAUGAGAAAAAGCCUCUUCCCAUACGUGUCUCCUUACGUUCUCUUCCAAAGCCACGAUCACGUGCCAACGAAAAAACUGCCAAGGGAUUUUGUUCAACUUUUCAAAUGGAAGUUCACUAGCUCCAUGCCCAGGAUAUUGAUCAGGAUCCUGGUCAAUUCUGGAUACGAAGUGGUGAACAAAGGAUCGGAUUGGUCCGCCGUUUGGAAUCUGUCUAGUAAAGACGUAAUGAGGUUUCGACGUAUGAAACCGUUUCAAAAGGUGAACAACAUGCCCGGCUCUCAUAAUAUAGGGGACAAGGAUUUAUUGUGGACUCACUUGAACAAAAUGUCGAAGAAAUUCGGAUCCGAUUACAACUUCAUGCCUCGUACGUACAUCCUACCCAAGGAGAUACAAAAAUUCGAGAGCAUGUGGAGCAGACACGGCAUAGGAACCACGUGGAUAAUCAAACCACCGUCCGCCGGUCGUGGCCAGGGUAUCAAGAUUGUUAAUCAAUGGUGGGAAAUACCAAAGUGGCAUUCGGUAAUCAUUCAACGAUACAUCACCAAGCCGAAACUAAUCAACGGAUUGAAAUUCGAUCUGCGAAUAUACGUUCUUCUAACAAGCAUCAAUCCGCUCAGAAUUUAUAUCUAUCAAGAGGGAUUGGUUCGUUUCGCUUCGGUUAGAUAUAUUCGUGGAACCAAUUUAAACGACAAAUAUAUGCACCUGACAAACAGUAGCGUGAACAAACAGAAUCCCGCAUACGUGAUGAACGAUGGAGUGAAUUCGUUCAAAGGGCAUAAAUGGUCCUUCUCGAGUUUAUGGUCCUAUCUAAAACAGGAGGACGUGAACGUUAGCGAAUUAUGGUCCCUGAUCAAGAAUAUCGUUAUCAAGACUUUCGUAGCCGUGGAAUCUAGCAUGAACGCUGCCAUUUCGGAAAAUCUUGUUUCCAGUUACAGCUGUUACGAAUUGUACGGAUUCGACGUGCUCCUCGACGAAAGUUUGAGACCCUGGUUACUCGAAGUCAACAUUCUACCGUCGUUGCAAACCGAUUCGCCACUCGAUACUUCCAUCAAGGGUACUUUGGUCAAAAACGUGUUGAACAUGGCUGGAUACCAGAUACCGAAAAACGAGCAAGUUUCGAGUAACGGUAUAUCCAACAAGAAGUACGACUCGAUCGCGCACAAUUACAAAUUGUACAGCACGGCAUUGAAUCUUCAAGAAAAGACGAAACAGAACGAGAUCAACGCGAUGGAGACACGAGACGAAUAUUUGACCAUUAUACUCGAGAAUUUGACCAGGGACGAUAUCAGACAGUUGAUUCGUUACGAGGACGAGCUCAGCCAGGUUGAAAACUUUGAGAAAAUCUUCCCUACCAAAAAUAGUUAUUGUUACUUCAAAUUCUUCGAAGUGAAGAGAUACUACGACCGAUUACUGGACGCUUGGGAAAAUCGUUAUUCGGACAACAGAAUGGAAGGGAUUCGUAGGCUGCAACGAUAUUGCGAGAAUAUGCAACAUCUAGAUCAAAACGAUUAG